CUCGUGAUGACAGCAAAUGACAGCAGCGGUGUUCUUCUGCAGAAGCCACUAUAGGCGCUAGCCAUCUAAUAUUCUCUCACAUCACAUUCAUUAAACCUUUUCAUCGCUGUUGUUUAUAAAGCAUUCAAUCGCCCCAUAGCGCAAACGUACAUUUGUCCGUAGCGCUCUCAGUGUGUGAGCUGGAGAAGAUGGUGAAGCCAGACAUCCACACUCUGGCCCAUCACCUGAAGCAGGAGCGUCUGUAUGUGGCUUCAGAGAAGCAGCUCAUCCAGAGGCUCAACAGUGAUGUGCUGAAGACUGCAGAGAGGCUGUACCGAGCCGCCUGGAUCGCCAAACAACAGAGGAUCAACCUCGACCGCCUGAUUCUCACCAGUGCCGAGGCCUCCCCGGCAGAAUGCUGCCAACAUGCCAAAAUGCUGGAGGAUACCCAGUUUGUGGACGGCUACAAGAUUCUUGGUUUCCAAGAGACAAUCUAUGGGGAGUUCUUGGCCCGGCUCAGAGAGAACCCCAGACUUGUGGCAUCGUGCUUGGUCGCGGGUGAGAGGCUGAACCAAGAGCACACCCAGGGUGUCAUCCAUACUGUCUUUACUUCACUGUACGGAAACUGCAUCAUGCAAGAGGAUGAGAGCUACCUGCUUCAGGUGUUGAGAUAUCUAGUUGAGUUUGAGCUGAAGGAGAAUGAAAACCCUCGGCGUCUUCUGCGCAGAGGGACAUGUGCAUUCAGCAUCCUGUUUAAGCUCUUCUCUGAGGGGCUGUACUCGGCCAAGCUCUUCCUUACAGCCACUCUUCAUGAGCCCAUCAUGCAGCUGCUGGUGGAGGACGAGGACCAUUUAGAAACAGACCCAGCUAAAGUCACUGAGCGCCUGACUCCAGCUCAGCAGGAGCGCUUUGGGGAGAAGGGGUCAGAGGAUUACAAACAGAGGGUGCAGGCUGCUGUGGAGGCCAAUGAGGCCAAACUCGUAGCACUAGUCAACAAAUUUAUUGGUUACCUGAAGCAGAACACAUACUGCUUUCCUCAUAGUCUCCGUUGGAUAGUCUCUCAGAUGUACAAAACACUGUCGUGUGUGGAGCGUCUGGAAGUGGGAGAGGUUCGGACCAUGUGCACAGACCUGCUUCUGACGUGCUUCAUCUGCCCUGCCAUAGUCAACCCUGAGCAGUAUGGCAUUAUUUCAGAUGCCCCCAUCAAUGAAGUGGCCCGUUUUAAUCUAAUGCAGGUGGGACAACUACUGCAACAACUGGCAAUGGCAGAUGAUGAUGCAGACCCUAGACGGAAAAGUAGUUUAUCUAAAUUCGAUAAAAGUUGUGUGGCAGCCUUUUUGGAUGUUGUGAUUGGAGGUCGAGCAGUUGAGACCCCACCAAUGUCUUCAAUGAACUUACUGGAAGGCCUCAGCAGGACAGCAGUUUACAUAACACAUAAUCAGCUACUGGCUCUGGUGGAUUUUGUGCGGAGUGUGACGGCAGGGGACCAUCUCAGAGAGGAGGAACACAUGGCGCUGGAGACCCUGCUCGCCAAUGUGCCUCAGUCCAGAGCCGUAAAGAGCAACAGUCUGGAGCUAACUCCCUCCAAUACCCCACAGCUAUCCCCAGCCACUACUCCCGCCAACAAGAAGAACCGUCUCCCUAUAGGACAACACUUAGCUGCUAUAACUUCCUGGGAUCCAACUUCCACUUCUCUGUCCGCUCACAUUCCUUUAGUAACCCCUUUUGUGGAGUUUGGCUGUGCAUUACCAGCUGCCCGUAGCCGCAGUCGUACCAACAUUGCCCAGGAGGGGGAGGCAGAGGCUAGCUCCCAGGAGUCCCUCCAAGAGCUGGCGCCAGAGGAGGUGCUGGUGAUUUCUAUUGGAACCGGACCGCAGAAUGUCCCCGGGAUGAUGUCAGAAAAUGAGGUUUUGAACUUGCAGAUGAGUGAUGGGCCUCAGGGAGAUGGUCCCACUGAUGAAUCUAAACUUCAUGGAAAACCAGACAAGACCCUGAGGUUCUCCCUUUGUAGUGACAACUUGGAAGGCAUCUCAGAAGGUCCGUCCAAUCGCUCUAACUCUGUGUCCUCUCUGGACUUGGAGGGAGAAUCUGUGUCUGAGCUCGGAGCUGGGCCAUCAGGAAGUAAUGGGGUGGAGGCUUUACAGCUUUUAGAGCAUGAGCAGGCUACCACUCAGGACAACUUGGAUGAUAAAUUGCGAAAGUUUGAAAUCCGAGACAUGAUGGGCCUGACUGAAGACAGAGACAUCUCUGAGACUGUAAGUGAAACCUGGAGCACAGAUGUACUCGGCAGUGACUUCGAUCCCAACAUGGACGAAGACCGAUUACAGGAAAUAGCAGGGGCAGCUGCAGAGAACAUGCUCGGUAGCCUGCUGUGUCUGCCUGGCUCUGGUUCAGUUCUGCUGGACCCCUAUGGAUCCACUAUAUCAGAAACCACCAGUGAGGCCUGGAGUGUGGAGGUGCUGCCCAGUGACUCAGAAGCGCCUGACCUGAAACAGGAGGAGCGUCUGCAGGAGCUGGAGAGCUGCUCAGGAGUGGGCAGCACCUCUGAUGACACAGAGGUCCGAGAGGUCAGCUCCAGACCCAGCACUCCAGGACUCAGUGUGGUUUCAGGUAUUAGUGCAACAUCAGAAGACAUCCCCAACAAGAUCGAGGACCUGCGGUCAGAGUGCAGCUCUGAUUUUGGAGGGAAGGACUCUGUGACCAGUCCAGAUGGGGAAGAGGCUGGCCACGGAGCACACCACCUGACGACACCACCAUCACAAGCGGACUCGUUACUGGCCAUGUUUGAUCCUCUCUCCACUGGUGAAGGUUCGUCAACUGGAACAAUUGUAAGACCCAAAGUACACUAUGCCAGGCCUGCCCAUCCCCCUCCUGACCCCCCAAUUCCUGAAGCCAGUGCCCUGGGACAUGAGGCACGUCACUCCAUGUUCACCCCCCACUGCUUGGCCCAGGUGGAGCAGAGACACUCAUUCCCCGACAGACUGGUACGCAGUCGCAGCUCAGACAUUGUGUGUCCUGGCCGCCGUCCCACCAGUGACCCCGGUCUGAACCGCAGGGUUGCUAUGGAAGAGCGAGAGUCGGGGGUCUUUGCCUCAGGACCUUCCUCUUCACCCAGCAAGGAUUCUCUUAAAGGAGAGCCUGAAGAGAGAAAGGACAGUGAUGAUGAGAAGUCUGAUCGUAACAGACCAUGGUGGAAAAAGCGCUUUGUGUCUGCCAUUCCUAAAGCUCCAAUAGCAGCCUUUCGUAAAAGAGACAAACAGGAGAAGGAUGACAUAACACAGGAGCGCAUCCCUCAAGAUGACCCAUUGCCCAGACAAAACUCUCAAGCCCAGGCAGCUGAGGACAUUCUGGACAAGUAUAGAAACAUAAAGAGGACAAGUCCAAGUGACGGAGCUACAGGGGGAGCCUCGUAUGAUGGAACAGGAGACCUGUGUGUCGAGGACCAUGUCCAUGACUCUUCAAGAGAGGAUGCACUACAAAAUAUAUCCACAGAUGACCUUCCAGAUUCAGCCAGCCAGACAGCACAGCAGCAUGACACCAAGUUCUCCUUUAGUGAUGCCAAGAAGAAACUGAGGUUGGCAUUGUGCUCGGCAGACUCCAUAGCUCUGCCCAUCAUGGCUCCUGCAACCACAAGAAAUGGACUCCCUGACCACAUGGAUCCUGAAGACAAUGAGAUCGUCUGCUUCCUGAAAGUACAGCUUGCGGAGGCCAUAAACCUGCAGGACAGAGACCAGAUGGCUCAGAUCCAGGAGACCACGCGCUGUGUCAGCCGCUUUGAUGCACGCACUUGCAGAAAGCUACUAGCUGCCAUUGCUGAGGACUACAGAAAACGUGCGCCAUACAUAGCUUAUCUGACCCGAUGUCGACAAGGUCUGCAGACUUCACAGGCACAUCUGGAGAGGCUGCUUCAGAGGGUGCUCCGAGACAAGGAUGUCGCUAACCGGUACUUCACCACUGUCUGUGUCCGCCUCCUCCUGGAACACAUGGAGUCCAAGAUGCUUGACUUCAUCAAAGCAUUUCAGGGCUGCACAGCUGCUGAUGACAAGACUGCAUCAGUGGAGGAUUUUCUGCGCUACUUAUACGGCGCCAUGGCCCGAGAUGCCAUUUGGCAGUAUGCAAGUGAGGACCAGCUGCAGGAUGCCCAAAUGGCUAUCGAGCGCAGUGUUAUGAACCGAAUCUUCAAACUGGCCUUUUAUCCAAACCAGGAUGGAGAUAUUCUGAGAGACCAACUUUUCCAUGAACAUAUCCAGAGGCUGUCAAAAGUUGUGACUGCAAACCACAGAGCUCUUCAAAUCCCAGAAGUUUAUCUAAAAGAGGCUCCUUGGCCUUCAGCCCAGUCUGAGAUCAGAAGCAUCAAUGCCUACAAGACUCCCCGAGACAAAGUGCAGUGUAUACUGCGCAUGUGCUCCACCAUCAUGAACCUGCUCAGUCUGGCCAAUGAGGACUCAGUGCCUGGAGCCGAUGAUUUUGUCCCUGUGCUGGUCUUUGUACUUAUAAGGGCAAACCCGCCCUGCCUGCUGUCCACCGUUCAGUACAUCAAUAAUUUCUACGCCAGCCGGCUGAGUGGGGAGGAGUGCUAUUGGUGGAUGCAGUUCACCGCAGCACUGGAAUUCAUUAAGACCAUCGACGAUCGCAAGUGAAGCAGAACAGCCACCUGUAUGGGCAGACUGCGGGGGAAGGAGCCGGGAGACUGAGAGACUUCCCAACCAACUGCUCCCUCUGCACAGCUAAUAAACCCUGGCCCGCCGCCUGCUCUUUAUUUGUAUAGCUUUGUACAUAGCCAGAGACUUUGAGAGACUACAAAAAUAUAUUACUAAGUGUAUGUGGACAAAUCCAGGUUUUAGCCGUGGUAGAAUAACGGCUGGGGAAAUAAUUGGCAAAAUAUUAAUCUUUAUUUUUCAUUUUAUCUUUGUCUUGUUUCACGUUUGGAGUCGAUAAUAGAAAUAUUUUAUAUAGAAAAUUACCAAUAUGAUAUUAAAUCAAAACAAAAGCUAAUCGUAUUGAAAGGGACCAGACUUCCUUGAUGUAAUCACUGAUCUUUAUUUUCCCCUGAGUGAGAGGGAAGGGCUUCCAAUUAAAUUACAAUUUAAUGUUCAUUAAAUGCAUUGUAACAUAGGGAUUUACAGUGCAUGAUGGUUACUGAUGAGAUCUAGUCCCUAAUAAAUUCAAAAUAAUACAAUACACACACAAGGCUAGCUAGCAUACAGGAAGGCAGCUUUUCUAUAUAACUUCAUUAAAUUCCUUAAAAAUACUGUCAUCACAAUUUGGACAAAAGGGCCCACAUAUUUAUACAAAAAGUGUAUUUAUUUCUAGUUCUAUUUAUACUUUGUUUCAUUCAACAAAGAAAACGCAUAUCAUGCCCAUUUGAUGAUGUCUGAGGCAAGUCUCAUUGAUAACUUGCUAAAGAUGAAAUAGGAAGGCACUUUAGUUAGUACAGCCCAUAGUUGGGGUGGUGGGCAAAUUAGACACAGGGUUAACUGCCAAAACUGGCAUUUAUGGAAAUACUGAAUACAGUGCCUUUGAUCUGGGGCGCUUUGUACAGGUAGAGCUUUUGGAUUUAUUUUUCUUCCUUUAGUUUUUUUAACCAGCAAAGACUGAUAGGCAUUAUCCCUAACCUUACACUCCAAUGGCCCAAACUGAUUUUACUUAAAAACUGAGAAACUCAUCCUUUUAAUAGAGCUUCUGUACAGUAGUGAUUGUCAUGGUUCAGUCCCUUUAAUGCAUUUGCGGUACUGAGAUUGAACAAAUUUCCCCUUUGAUAUUUUUGAUCCUACCUCAGCGUUGUGGUCAAUUUGACUGAUGCCCCACAUUGGUCGACAACAGAGUCCUGGAUCUCUAUAUUGCACUGGUUGAGGGUCUUCUUGUGAUUUUUAAAUGUAGGGCCUUUUUAUAAUAUCUACAGUGGAGUCUAGUUAGAAAAGUUGGUGAAACGUUGUGAUGCUUGUUCUAGUCACAUCUCUCACCCUUGAUUCACACAAGCCUUUGUUAUAGAACAAUAUAAAUGUUAGGAAUCGUUUUCUGAUCUUUGUACAUGAGAUGCCACACGUCCGCAUGGGCAAAACAUUGGAUUUUAGCUUUCUACCUCCUUAUGCAUUCAUUAAAGGGACUCGUUAUGUGCACUUAUUUCUGUUAUCUCCUCAAUUUGUGUGGUGUGUGGUAUCCCAGUAUCAUUGUACUACUCAAUUAUAAUCCAAGCAUGUAUGAUUAAUUGACAAAGUCUAAUUUUCUCUUGAAAUCUUCCAAUUCAUUUUGUAUUAUAGCUUUGUUAAUCUAUAUCUUUUCAUAAUAAUUUAAUAGACAGCACAAUAUUAAAACACUUAUAUUACUGACGUCAUAGUUUGCAUAGGACAUGGGCUAAUGAAAGCGUGAGAAACUGUCUAGAGUGUGCCUCCUCUUGUAAAAAGUCACAGGUAACUUUCCAUUGUGCUGAAACACUAUUGGUGGGUAUGUCAGACCUAUGAAAGGCAUUUCGUCGUCCAUGGAUUUGCAUAUCAAACCAAUUUAUUUUGCACAGAGAUGUCUUUUCUUAAAUAUCUGACAGGGAGCCGUGUACUUUUAAAACACCAUCACUAUGUAUAGCCUUUAAAGCAACAUUUGUUAAAACUAACCGCGGUGUAAUUAAGCUAGUUAUUGAGUGCAAAGUUAAGGACUAGACUGUUACUCUUCAAAGCUGAACAUUCACGUUUUAUGGACAACAGUUAAACAGAUGCAUUUUAUAGCCCUCUAUAGCAGCAGCAGUGCCAUGUGUAUGUAAUAUCCCUCCCAGAGUGUAAUCAAUUUGAUGAGAAAACCAUGCACUGGAAAAUCAAGUUGCAGGUUGCAUCUAUACUAAUUAGGUUUAUGUGAUGUCACUUUAAUUGGAAAUGCAUACUGCACAGAUCUGAUGAAAUUAUUUGGACCUGGCUUACGUUACAGCGUUUCCUCAUAUAACCUUUUACACUGUCCCAACCCUAAAUUAUACCCUUUAUUUUAUAUAUAAAGAAAUUGUAUUUGUGAAGUGAGUGCAGUUUCAAGCUCUUUGUAUGCAAACCUAUGACCAGUGGUGUCAAGUUAUAAUAAUGAUGAAAAAAAGGUUUCCAAAGCUUUACAUUCUGCUCCCUGUACAUCUGAUGCUCAAAGAGAGGAUGGAGGAAGUCAUCUAUGUAAUUUUAAUUGUAAGCUUGCACAACUAUGACAUAGCGGGAAAAGCCGGUUUGUCUUUACUGUGAUUAAUGCAUUAUGUAAUUCUUUAAAAACAAUAAAAUAAGCAGACAUUUUCCUUUUUAA